AUGGCACAGAAGAAGGCUCGAGGUCUGAGAUCAGCCGAGCAGCCGCUUCAAGGUGCAGUACUUUGCUUCACUUCAGUCGGUCCAGAAGAGAGGACUCGAUAUGCCGACCUUGCUAUACAAAUGGGAGCGCAACACAAGCUCGACCUGACUUCCGAUACGACCCACCUCAUCGUCGGCAACACUGAUACUCUCAAAUACCAAUAUGUGGCCAAGGAGAGAGAGGACAUCGCGGUUCUGCGGCCGGAGUGGGUGGAGGAGGUCCGGGAAUGUUGGAUCAACGAUCUGUCACUGGACCUCGAUGCUCUCACGCGGGAGUACCGCAUGCCUACUUUGGCGGGGUUGAAAAUAUGCAUAACGGGCUUCGAAGAUCUUUCCUUUCGUGCACAGUUGCAAAGAAAUGUCGUUGAAAACGGUGGAGAAUACACCGGAGACCUGACCAAAGACGUGACUCAUCUCAUUGCUGCGAAGCCUGAGGGGAAGAAGUACGAAUACGGAAUGCAAUGGCAGAAAAAGGUGGUCAGCCUGAAAUGGUACAAGGACAGCCUGGACCGGGGCAUGCAACUGGACGAGACUUUGUACCAUCCCACCAUCCCUGUUGCCGAGCAAGGAGUCGGGGCAUGGAAUCGACGAGUCCAACGUUCACCUCAACUGGGGAAGAGAGCCCGAGAGGACGACUCUGCUCCUGAACCGUCCCGAAAGCUGCGACGGACUGCGAGUGCAAAGCUUGGAGGUCAGAGUCAAGACCUGUGGACCGACAUCGUAGCUGGUGCUGGAUUCGAAGCCAAACCGGCGGAGCGCCCGCAGCUGAAACCAUCUGUUUCGAUGCCAGCAAUUCGACGAGGCGGCAAUAUUACGAACGAUUCAAACGACCGGAGACCCCAGACGCCCAAAGACGGUUUUAUGACAGAACCAUCUUACGGCAAUGCUGGCUUUCUGUCCGGACGCUAUUUUAUAGUGAGAGCGUCUGAGGAAAAGAAAGAGGCUCUUUUACAAAAAAUCUUGGUCGAGAAUGGAGCGACGAUGGUGGAUCUUGACAACGAUCGAGAAGCCAGUCUGGUAACCGACAUACUAUGCAUCGUGCCGCAUGAUCUGGCCAAGAACAAGUCAACAGCUGCAAAGGUCUUGCAGUUGGGCUAUCCAGUCGUGUCUGAAUUCUGGCUCGAGCGGUGCAUGCUGCAAAAGUCGUUCAUACCCCCGCAAGCUUACCCUUUGGGACUGUUGUUCCAAGGCUCAUGUACAACCUUCGCAACACUUACGGUCAAUGCGACCGGAUUCGAUGCUUAUGAAACACUACACAUCUCUAAGAUGGUUACCCUGCUUGGGGGAAAGUACUCGGAGGUUUUCACGGCUGCGGUUUCUGUGCUCGUGUGCAAAUCUGGUAAGACCAAUACGGCAAAGCUCGACCUCGCGCAACAUAGCGGUAUACCUUCUGUAUCAGAAGAGUGGUUGUGGUCGACCAUCAAGAAUGGCAGAAAAGCACAAGUAGAGAGCUACCUGGUCCGGCCAGGCCUUGACAGAGCUAGUAGCCCCGGUCGAAAACAGCCCGUCACAAAAAAAUACAUCGAGGUGAGCACGGUGCCCAUAAGAUCCGAAUCUCGAGAGCGCCCCGGUCGUGCAGCGAGCAAAGCAGAUUUGGACCGGGCUAGGGCCCGAGAUGAAGCGAAGAAUGCGGGAGACGGAACGAACCCUGAAGUUGAGGUGCACGAGGAAGAGGCGGACGACGUGCCCCAACAAGAGGAUGGAAACCCCUUUGGCUCAUACCAAGCUGCUAGUCCGGCAGAAGACAGUGCGACCCAAGCGGGAUCAUAUGUUCAGGAGGAUCUGCCACUUCAGGAAUUGUCCAACUCUUCAGGAAGAAGCGGGCGUGCGUUGCACAGCAAGAAAACCUCCAUCCAAUCGUUUGACGGGAACUGCAGCAUGCCAGACUCGAACAACAGAAAGAACAGUGAGGACACCGCGAGAGAGAGGCUCGGCGCGGAAGACCCAGCCCCAGCGACAAACAUCGGAGCCAUCAACGGGGCGAUCAGAGAAAUUCUCGAGCUCCAGACAAAGAUCAAACCGAAACCAGGGAUUGGCAGCGGACUUGGUGAUGGGGCCGCCAGAAAAGGCAGACUGGUCGGUCGUGCUCUCAGCAACUUGUCCAAUUCCUCGGUCACAUCCAACUUGAGAAUAUCACGAGCAAGUUCGGUGGACAGUGUCAACACUGACGGGAUAGGCAGUGAAGUGGUCAAAACACGCACGGAGAACUCAACCGGCGAGGGGAUAACAGCCUCGGAGCAAGGGAGUUUCAGCUUUACUGGUCGUGCAAAGCGCACAUUAGCUGGCUUUCAAGCUCAUUCAGUGGGAAUGGAUGAUCUGGAUCUAUCUCGCUGUAACCACCAGGGAGAGGAGGCACCGCCGAUGACUCAGUUAGGCUAUGAAGAUCCGGAGGAAGCCAUAUUAUUGCGACAGCAACUGGCCGAGUCCAGGCGGAAGCGGUCAGGAGCGGCAGAUGGCAAGGACCGCGAGCCUAACCCGGUGGCAGCACGCCCAAGAACAGAACGCAAACUCCGUGAUGACGCCCUAGUCACAAGUGCUGGAUGGGGUGCCGGGAGACGGACCAGGCAUAAACAGAGGAGCCCUCAGAGGUUGAAGGGGUUUUGA